CCCAGCUGCCAUCCGGACCGAGUGUUGGCCAACCUCCAGCCAUGGAAGAGCUACCGCCCACAGAUGCAGUCGACCAAGAGGAGAUGAAGCACAGCUUCAAGGUCCUGCUAUCUAUGAAGAAGGAGCCCGGCGGACAGCCACUGUUCUAUAAAACGGACGGACAGCGCUUCAAGCGCGAGAAGACCAUCAAACUCAACAGCAAGUGCCAGUAUAGGAUGGACCUUUCCUUUACUCCACCCAGAGGCGUUGAAUCGGUGAACUUCAACGGUGGCCUGUUGGAGGUGCGCGAAGUGACACGGGACAGCACUGCCUCGGCUUACUCCAGCUUCUUCCACACCCAGGACUUCGAUCCCACUAAGAAGGGCCAGCGCAGGGAGGUGUGCGUCCUCAUCACGCUGAAGGAUGCCGGCGACCUGCGCCUGACGAUACAGCUGAAGUGUUACGACAAGGACAACGUGCAGCACAGCGAGUGGGGCUCUAACUUCCACUGCAUCGAGUACCUCUGCGAGGAGCUGGCUGACCCGUCCGCCGUCGAAGUGGUGAAGGAGACCUUCCGAUAAGGCCACGGUGUCAUUAGACGGUGUACCGGUGCGCUGACUAGUAGUGGUGGUCUUCUCAGAUUGGUGUGCUUGUUUUGUGUAUUUGUGUCAAUCAGUGUGCGAUCGGUCGGUGGCGGCGACAUGGUGACCAGCAGUGAUGACGCUCGUCACUAUGUGCUGCUUCAGAUCGGUCGGUGAUGGUGUCAUGGCGACCAGUAGUGAUGACGCUCGUCACUAUGAGCUGCUUCAGAUCGGUCGGUGAUGGUGUCAUGGUGACCAGCAGUGAUGACGCUCGUCACUAUGUGCUGCUUCAGAUCGGUCGGUGAUGGUGUCAUGGUGACCAGCAGUGAUGACGCUCGUCACUAUGUGCUGCUUCAGAUCGGUCGGUGAUGGUGUCAUGGUGACCAGCAGUGAUGACGCUCGUCACUAUGUGCUGCUUUACUAAGGCGUCGCCUGCCCUUAAUAGCGCAAGUGUGAGAUUGGUAUGA